AUGGUCUCCCAAACCGCUCUUCUUGCGGCUGUUCUGUCGCUCGGUGGGCUGGAGUUGGUUGCCGCUACUCAACCUAAUGCUCGCUACGAUCACAAGCAGCUCAAACGCCAAUUCGGCUCUUUACUAGGUGGCCAAGACUCGAACCCAAAGAAUUGGUUAGGUUCAAUCUUUAACAAUGAUCAAGAACAAGAGCCUGAAAGUACCACCACCACCUCCACCACCACCUCAGCUAAGGAACUCGAGCAACCAGAUGUUGUUGUUGUGCCGAUUACUGUCUCAGUCGACGAUAAUGGCAAGACGCACACUAUUACUGGCACUGCCAGUACCGGCGUUGCGACAGGCGCUGCUUCUACCACUACCUCGGAGGCUACAGUAGCAGCUGUUACAGCUACAACUACUGCGGACUCCAAACCUACUGAGACUAGCAGCAGCAGCUCCUCGUCGACGACAACAGAUAAAGGCCCACUGGACGAUUUAUGGGAUGGCCUUGCCGGUUCAACUACCGAGUCAGACAGCUCGAGCACAACUAAGACAGGUAGCUCACAACCUGCUAAUGACGCGGUCGACACGAAGUCUACUGACACCACCGACACCGCUACAUCUGCGUCGACCACCACCUCGUCAGAUGGUUUGCUUGGUGGACUUGGUUCAAUUUUGAAUCCUGACAACGAUUCCUCGUCUUCCUCCUCGACCUCGACCUCGACCAGCACGGGAACUACUACUGACACCGCGUCUAAGCCGACUAGCACGUCCGAGGACUUGCUUGAUCUUGGUUUGACCUUGGGGGGUGAUUCUUCGACUUCGUCUUCUUCAUCUACGACUGGCACUGAAAAGAGCACUGGAACCACCACUCAGACGUCGCCUACCGCUACUUCUACUUCGUCUGAACCCCUACUUGGUCUUGAUUUAAACCUGGGUGGCGAUUCUUCGCCAUCUACUACGAGCACAACCAGUGGUGCGACAUCUACUACAACCGGUACUUCGGUCAACUUGUUGGGCGGUCUUGAUGGCACCUCGUCUUCGACGUCAAACACCCCGGGUCCGACACCCACCAGCACUUUUGGCCUUUCGCUUCCUAAUCUUUUCCCCGGCGAGUCUUCUACUUCCACUGGCGCUGUGCCCACAUCUUCAAGCACUUCGACCAAUUUGCUCGAUCUGCCGACAAUCCCAAUCAGCGUCCCCGAGUCGACACAGUCAUCUUCAAGCUCAAUUGACAUCGUGCCUACUUCUGGCCUUUUGCCUUCUGAUGUGACGAGCGCUCUUUUCCCCUCAUCUGGAAGCUCGACAACUUCGGUCCCAGUCAUCCCGCCAGCACAUACGUCUAGUUCUAGCAACUCAGGUAUCCCUACUUCUUCCUCGGAAGGAGGUUUGAUCACUUCGAGCUCCACUGUUUCUCAUCAGCCUACCUCUACCACUGUUCCCGCGUCCACACCUACUCCAAUUACCAGCACGGAGAAGCCCACAAUCACGGAACAGCCCACAAGCACGCAGACUCCGUCAACCACCGACCAGGCCACUUCGGAACCAACCGACUGGGUGCCGACCAGCAUUAUCAUCGAACCUAGUCAGACUGAGCAGGAGACAGCAACCGAAACGACGACUAGCACUUCCGCUCCCCAGCUUCCUGGAUCCAUCGCCCCAGCUCAAGGCCCUCCAAGCCCCCCUGAAGACUCCACUUUGAUCCAAGUGGGCUUCACCAAGGAGCUUCGCUAUUCAUUCGUUGCAACCAACCCGUUGUCUGUGUCUCAGAUUUUCCUUUACGUUCCGCAAGGCCUGGCUUACGCCCUCGAGGGGUCUACCGACGACAUUCCGAUGUUCGGUAUCUCUCAGUAUGACAACGAAGCAGUUACUGGAUACAUUGCAACUGUUGCUCAAGCGUACGUUCCGACACGCGACGUGGAAAACCUGAAGAAGCUGCUGCACAACCCCAACUCCAGACUCUACAACCAGCCUAGUGAAUCUGUUGAGACAUUGGUGUCUAUGAUCGAUCCCUCCAUCCCACUUAUUGUUGGCGACUAUGAUGGCACCGGAAGCUCCUCGUCCAAUGGCAGCGGCGGUAAUUCUGGCAGCAACAAUGACGACGACAAUGGCUCAAAUAACGGCGGCUACGAUGAUUCGACCGCUGGAGCUAGCAGCAGUGGCAAAGCCAAGCCAAGCUCUGUCGGUAUUGGCGUUGGUGUCGUGGCUGGUGCUGCCGCAUAUGGUGCCGGAAUGUUCUGGGUCGCCCGCCGGUACCGCAAGAAGCGUCAACUUCACCGUCGCACCAGCUCAACAGUCGAUCAGAUGAGCGAGGGUGGUGGAUCUUUGUUCACCGGCGGUGGCCGCGUGUCUCGCGGCAGUCAAAACAGCCGCGGCACCCAACGCACGCAAAUGAUCAGCGCUCCUGUUAUGGCCGAAAACUCGUUGGGAUGGAACUAA